UGGUUAUUCGAAUGUCAUUUAAAAUUUUGAAUUAAAUAAAAAUAGUAUUAGCUAUACUAGCCGCUGUUGGCAUUGUGUUUUACAUAGUUGCGAAAGUCAUUGGCCACUAAUUUUUUCCAACGACGCAUUGAUUCGUAUUAACUGAACAAAUGAAAAAUGAAGCAAAUAAAUAAGAAAUAAUUUAAAUAAAAAGAAUUCAGCAAGCCUUGCUUCCUGCCCUCUUUGGACUGACUACUUCGUAAGUUAAAUAGUAAGAAAGUUUCAAGUAUUGACUCUGCAUAGAAUGUCGCGCGAGCAGUUUAAAAGGGAAAGCGUCUUUAGAAGCAUAUACAAUCAAAGUUUGCAUUCAGCUCGGGCUGCCUCACAAAACUAUAUUGCCAGUACAAAAGAUUCACUUGAUUAUGUACAGCGUUUGGGAUUGAUGAGCCGGUUGCAUGUACAUUCAGGCUGUGUAAAUACUGUUUGCUGGAACCGCACCGGCGAAUACCUGUUAUCGGGAAGUGACGAUCAGUGUAUUGCCAUAACGAAUCCUCAUAAUCAAGAAGUUCUGCUAAAGUAUAAAACAGCGCAUCGCGCGAAUAUUUUCAGUGCACGGUUUAUGCCCCGAUCGGAUGGUCACUCAAUCGUUUCGUGUUCCGGUGAUGGCAUAGUAUUGCAUACAGAGUUGCUGGCACCGUAUGUUCGCCGACAAGGAACAUCGCUCGUUAACAGUGUCAGUGCUGGUGCUGGUGCUGGUUCCAUUCGGGACGCAGCUUUUAUGCUGCCUAUCUAUGAGCAUAAUGAGAACGAAGCAAAAUUGAGUUUCUUCAAUUGUCAUAAAAGCGGUACAACGUACGAAGUGUUGACGGUACCUUCAGAACCACGUUCAUUCAUGAGCUGCGGGGAGGAUGGCACGGUGCGACUCUUUGAUUUGCGUCAAAUAUCGAGCUGUCAUAAGACUUGCUGUAAGGAUAAUAUACUUAUAUUCAGUCCAUCAGCAGUCAAUGCCAUGGAUCUCUCUCCCAUCAGCAACUAUUAUGUGGCAGUGGGUAGUUCUGAUGCCAUUGUGCGCGUAUAUGAUCGUCGUUAUUUAUCGGUGAUCGAUUUCAGCGACAGCUCUAUACCUACAACCGAGAGGCAUACGCGACCAAUUAAGGCCUAUCCCAUUCCUAUGACAACGAAUCGACAAUAUCGCAUCACUUGUGUUAAAUACAGCCCCGAAGAGUCUGAGUUGCUGGUAAGCUACUCUUCAGAGUACUUGUAUCUGUUUGACCUCCGACGAGAUGGCGUUGACGUAAAUGAUCUGUAUGAGAAAGGACGAGUAUCUGAUGCGGGCAGUUCAUCUCCUCCUCCCGCACUAACAGCCGAACAAGUUACACGGAGAUUACGUUUACGUGGCGAUUGGUCCGACACUGGACCGGAUGCGCGUCCAGAAAACUACCCUCGUGGGCGGGUCGAGAUUGGACAAGUGCGACCGCAAUUGCAAGCCAACAUAAUGAGUCGCAUGACGGAGGUUAUCUCCCGCAUGCUCAACGAUCCGCGUACUCGUAUGGGCUUAUCAGGUCAAGCACAAGAACUGAACCGUGAAAACCAAGCAUCGUUGCUGGCGGCAGUGGCAAGGGAAACAGCGGAAGACUCAGCACCCUCAACAUCAGGUGCAUAUUGGCGAAGAGUUGCCAGUCGUUUGCAUACCUCACGCACGAUUACCGUAAAUGCUCCUCAAUCAGAUGCUAUACCUGCUCAAACAGAAUCCACAUCUACUGUAGACAACGGUACUAGUAGGACAGCUGAUGAAAAUAAUUCUGAGCCAUCUACAGCAGCGGCGAGUACGCCUAGUAGCAGUGAAAGCCCACAAAGUAUUCAAUUUCGAGAUGAUGAAGCAGACACAUUGAACGAAGAACUUGCGGAGCUAGAUAUGCAAGCUAAGGAAGUGGUUUUCGAUUAUCUGCGAAUGAAAUAUGUUGGCCAUAGAAAUGCACGCACGAUGAUCAAGGAAGCGAACUUUUGGGGCAAUAACUAUGUGAUGUCGGGAUCUGAUUGCGGGCACAUUUUCACAUGGGACCGGCGCACCGGAAAACUAGUGAUGCUCAUGCAGGGUGACCAACAUGUAGUGAACUGUUUACAACCUCACCCUGAGCUACCGUAUUUAGCGAGCUCGGGCAUAGACUACGACGUUAAGAUAUGGGCACCCACUUUGGAGCACACCAACUUUGAUGAAGAAAUAGCUGAAGAUCUCAUGAAACGCAAUGCCAUAAUGUUGGAGCAAACUAAAGACACUAUCACAGUGCCAGCGGCUUUUAUGAUUCGUUUAUUGGCAUGCAUUCACUCACUGCGAAAUCGAGAACGUAUUCUAAAUCCCGAGGAGAGCAAUAAUCCUUCCAAUCAAAUAGACAAUGAAGCUAGAAAUCAUUCAAAUGAAACGGGAAGUAUAGCGUUGAAUGAAGACAGUGGCGAGGAUCCAGAGGCUAGAAACAGGAACAGUAACGAAGAAACAGAAACGUCUGGACAAGAGUAACUAAAAAAAAUAAAUAAUAGUGAUAAAUUAAAUAUUAGUACGUACAUUUGCGAGAUGGCAUAAUUUAAGCGAGUAUCUGAAAGGCUUUUGAAAUGUACUCUACAGUGUGAUUUUUACCUGGAUAAAAAAUUUAGAAUUUCUAUUUAAAUUAAAAACAAAAUAAUAAAAGGCACUUAAAUACAA